GGCACACUGCCGUCAAAAGUGAGAGAGAAUUAAGAAAUGGAAAAUAGAUGAACAAGCGCAAGCUGGCAUUGCCUUGUAAUACCUAACACGAAACGGUCGUUGUUUUAAUUUAAUUCCGGAUACUUUAGCUGGCGACGAGAAAAAGUUAAACUGAAGUUUAAGUUCGUGCGGUUCGUUUUUUCAGGUGUAGUGAAAAAUAGUGAAAAUUCUUGCUUAUUGGCGAAACCACCAAAACGGUGCGGUAAGACUUGAGUCAAAAUUGACCAAGGUUUUCUGUGAAUCAGGUAUUGUCCUCGCCGAACAACGAAAGCGAAUACCUACUGAGAGUGAGUGCCUCAAUUUCUGAAGGGUUCAUCUGAGAUCCCAACAUAAAAGUUGCUCCACUUCCGAAACUGCAUCUUCCGUGCUGAGUGGCCGUUGAUGCAUUAGGAGUGAACUCACUGUUGGUGCUGACAAAAUUUUGGCAAGUUUUGUUUCUAUUUGAUGCGCGCUGGAUCUGGAAGGUAAGCGGUUUUAAUUUUUGUUUUUUUCUAAUUGGGAAAUAAAAAUAAAUCGUGCCGGAAAUAACAAUCAGCUCAUAAUGGCAGAAUCAGCGGCUAAUUCAAACUUAGCUACAUCAAUCGAACCCUACAGAAGAGGAACGUCCUUUUCUGACUGGGUUGAACGUCUCGGAUAUUGCUUUCUAGUGAACAAAAUAUCGGAUGACGAUAAGAAAGCACACUUCAUCACCUUGGCUGGACCUUUCAUAUUUACGGAAUUGAAGCUUUUAUUCCCUGGUCCUGGCAAGCUGACAGAGGCAUCUUUUAGCCAGAUAGUGGCUGCAUUGAAAACGCGCAUUGAUAAGGUUGACGAUGAGGUUUCUCAGCGUUUAGCCUUUAGUGGUCGUUUUCAGGAGCCAGGGGAAUCAGCCGAAGACUAUUUACUAUCGUUAAAAUUGAUGGCAGAAUUCUGCAACUUUGAGGGAAAAGACAAGACAAUUCGUGACCGACUUUUAUUUGGUGUUACCGAUAUACCGUUAAAACAACUGUUGAUUAAAGAACCGAAUUUGACGCUUAGUGUGGCUGAAAAGAUAAUUGCGGGCUAUGAGUUAGCCAGGAAACACACAAAGGUGAUGGAGCAUAGUCAGGCUCAAACUGCAGCUGUUGGCGUUGUUGGAUCAAUGCGUGGUCCUGUUAAAAGUCGGCUGGGUUCGAGGCCAGCGGGGCGUGAACCUUAUCGUUCGGAAAAUGUACGCAGUUUUGAUUACAAUUAUAAACGGGGCGGUCAACGUUAUGAUGAUUCGAAGGAAAAAAACCAAUAUCCAGGACAGCGUAGACCUGAUUACGACCGCAUCACCUGCAGUUAUUGCAAUCGCAAGGGUCAUUUGGUUCAUAAAUGUUUUGAACUCAAAAAUCGGAAAAGAGAUGCGGUGAAGUUUGCUGAUGCUGUGGAAGAACCGAGAAGUUCGGGGCUAACUACAGAUAAACACCUGAGCGAAAUGCUGAAUCGCUUAAGAGCUGCUAGAUCGGAUUCUGAUAGCGAUUCUGAUACAGGUGAUGUUCAGUGUAUGAAUGUGACGUCUAAAGAUAAAGUUAAUGGUCCGUGUUUGGUAAAUGUUGCGAUUGAGGGUAAAACUAUUCAGAUGGAAAUCGAUUGUGGAUCAUCGGUGUCUGUUAUAAGCAAAAAUCAAUAUUUCAGUUUUUUUUCACUUCCUUUAGAAGCUUCAUCUAAACGAUUGGUGGUUGUAAAUGGUGGAAAACUAUCAAUUGAAGGUGAAGUUAAAGUAAAUGUACAGUAUAAUGGUAUGAAAGCAUGUUUAAAUCUUAUAGUACUUAACUGCAAUAAUAAUUUUUCGCCUUUGCUUGGAAGAUCAUGGUUGGAUAUUUUUGUUCCGGAUUGGAGAAUGGUUUUUUCAAAUAUUUCUUCAAUCAAAGGUGUGGCAAAUUUGGACAGAGAUGAAAUAAUAUCUAACAUUAAACAGAAGUUUGCAAACGUUUUUAUAAAAGACUUUUCCACUCCUAUAAAAAAUUUUGAAGCGGAAUUAGUGUUGAAUGUCGACAGCCCUAUUUUUAAAAAGGCCUAUGAUGUUCCUUACAGACUUAGAGAGAAAGUUGGGUUAUACCUUGAUAAAUUGGAAAAAGAAAAAGUAAUUACACCAAUAAAAACUAGUCUUUGGGCAUCACCUAUUGUGAUUGUUAUGAAGAGGAAUGAUCAAAUAAGAUUGGUCAUUGAUUGCAAAGUUUCAAUCAAUAAAUGUUUGAUUCCUCAUUCUUAUCCCUUGCCAGUGGCUCAAGAUUUAUUCGCUAAAUUGGCCGGAUCUAAGUUUUUUUGCUCUUUAGAUUUAGAGGGGGCUUAUACACAGCUAUCACUGUCAGAGAAAUCUAGACGGUUUAUGGUUAUUAAUACACAUCGAGGACUAUUUACAUAUAAUAGAUUACCUCAAGGAGCUUCGUCAAGUGCAUCAAUCUUUCAGGAAAUUAUGGAAAAAAUUUUAGCGGGCCUUGAAAACGUGUUUGUUUAUUUGGAUGAUGUUUUGGUAUGUGGUUCCAGCAUGGAAGAAUGUAGACAAAAGUUGUUUUUAGUUUUAGAGAGACUUGAUAAAGCAAAUGUAAAAGUAAAUUUAGAAAAGUGUAAGUUUCUCGUUUCGAAAUUAAAUUAUUUGGGUCAUAUUUUAUGCGAAAAUGGUUUAUUGCCAUGCCCUGAUAAAAUUUCAACAAUAAAAAAGUCUAAACCACCAACAAAUGUUAACGAACUGAAGUCUUUUCUAGGUUUGAUUAAUUACUACAAUCGAUUCAUACCACAUUUAUCAACUAAAUUGUAUUGUUUAUACAAUUUAUUGAGGAAUAACGUUAAGUUCAAUUGGGAUUCCAAUUGUACAAAGGCUUUUGAAGAAAGUAAGCAAGCUUUAACGUCAACUAAUUUCUUAGAGUUUUAUGAUCCAAAUAAGCCAAUUGUUGUCGUAUCUGACGCUUCUGGGUAUGGGUUAGGAGGUGUUAUAGCACACAUCGUAGAUGGUACUGAAAAACCGAUUUCCUUCACAUCGUUCACUUUAAAUGAAGCACAAAAGCGAUACCCUAUUCUGCAUCUUGAAGCAUUGGCCUUGGUUUGUACCAUAAAGAAAUUUCAUAAGUAUCUGUAUGGUCAACAUUUUGUGGUGUUCACGGACCAUAAGCCUUUAGUAGGUAUUUUCGGGAAAACGGGUCAAAACUCUAUUUUUGUUACGAGACUUCAGCGCUACGUUUUAGAAGUGUCAAUAUAUGAUUUUAAAAUUCAAUAUAGACCAUCCUCUAAAAUGGGGAAUGCAGAUUUCUGCUCACGUUUCCCGUUGCAUCAAACCGUGCCUGAAGAAAUAGAUACUGAAAUUGUGAGAAGUAUCAAUUUCAGUAACGAAUUACCUUAUGAUUCUAUUAAAGUUGCUAAUGCUACCAUUAACGAUAAAUUUUUGCAAGACGUUAUGUAUUUUAUGCGGAAUGGUUGGCCAGAAAAGAUAGAGAAACGAUUUAUCGAUGUACAUUCGAAUCAACAUGAAUUGGAAAUAGUAGACGAGUGUUUACUGUACAAGGAAAGAGUUGUUAUACCACAGCUGUUACAAGAUAAUAUUCUUAAACUGUUACAUGCCAAUCAUGCAGGGAUAGUAAAAAUGAAGCAGUUAGCCAGACGAACGGUUUACUGGUUUGGUAUAAACUCUGAUAUUGAAAACUUUGUGACCAAAUGCGAUGUUUGUAACAGUAGAAUGCCGAUCAUGAAACCAAAAGUAUUUUCCCAAUGGAAUCCAACGACAAGGCCUUUUAGUAGAGUUCAUAUUGACUUCUUCCAUUUUUCUAAUCACACUUUUUUGUUAUUAAUUGACAGUUUCUCCAAAUGGCUAGAAAUAAUUUGGAUGAAAACUGGAACGGAUCAUAGCAAAGUUUUGAAAAGGAUGGUGGAAUAUUUUGCUAGAUUUGGAUUACCAGACGUAUUAGUAUCAGACGGAGGGCCACCGUUCAAUUCACAUAAGUUUGUAAAUUUUCUUGAAAAUCAAGGCAUAAAAGUCCUGAAAAGCCCGCCAUACAAUCCUUCCAGUAAUGGUCAAGCCGAAAGGUUAGUUAGAACGGCCAAAGAUGUCCUAAUAAAAUUUUUGUUAGAUCCGGAAUUUGCUGAUUUGAAAAUGGAAGAUCAAAUAAAUUUGUUUCUAGUUAAUUAUAGGAACACUCCGACGAAAGAUGGUAAGUUUCCAUCUAAAAUUAUAUUUUCAUACAAACCAAAGACGAUAAUGGAUCUACUAAAUCCUAGAUCAAAACAUAAACAAGCAUUAACGCAAUCUUCCAAAGAAAUUCAACAAAAUGUUGGGAAGGAAAGGGAUUUGCAUGAUCCAUUAAAUAAAUUAAAUGAGGGUGACGAGAUAUGGUAUAAAAAUUCAAAAACACACAAUAAUGCCAGGUGGUUAAAAGCUAUUUUUUUAAAACGAUUUUCCUUCAACACUCUGCAGGUACUAGUUGGAAGCGUGCGCAUCAUGGCCCAUCGUUCACAAAUAAGGAUCCCGGCCCAUCAGGACAAUUCCUAUAAGCCAAAAGUGAACAUACAAUUGUCAAGAACAACCAACAAAGAAGUACGACCAGCAACCAUGACAGAGUCCAAUAAUAGUGAGGAAGAAGAAGAAUUUCUUGGAUUUCCGGACAUAGUUGAAGAAAAAAGGUUAAAAAGAAAGCGAAAAGCAAUUGACCCUGGUGUGGAAUUACGGCGGUCAGAAAGAAGCAAAAAAUCUAAAAUACAAUCUGAAUAUAAUUAUUUCUAAUGAAUUUAUAAUGUUAAGUGAAAGCAAAUGUAGCAUAUAUUAUAAAAAAAAAUAACCUCGUAAAAGGGGAAGAACUGUUGUGUCCAACUGGGCACACUGCCGUCAAAAGUGAGAGAGAAUUAAGAAAUGGAAAAUAGAUGAACAAGCGCAAGCUGGCAUUGCCUUGUAAUACCUAACACGAAACGGUCGUUGU